GCUGCAGACAUGAGUCGCUUCAAGUUCGUGGCUUUUUCCAAAUGCCUGGACUACUCUCCCUACCAUCUCCUAGAUCAGCCAAACUCCCAUUCAUCAGGUCACGUCUGUCUUCAUGUGGAAGCAGCACAGCUUACCGAGGGCCAGCUUGGCAGAAAUCAGAACAUUCCAAGAGGAAGCUGAAAAUAUCGGUAUCAACUUGACAGAUCCCAUGUUCAGAGGAAUUUAUAGAGGAGUUCAGAAGCAUCAAGAUGACCUACAAGAUGUAAUAGAGAGAGCUGUCCAGAUUGGUGUUAAAAAGUUCAUGAUUACAGGUGGAAAUCUGCAGGACAGUAAAGAGGCACUACAUUUGGCACAAACAAAUGAUAUGUUUUUCAGUACAGUUGGAUGUCAUCCUACAAGAUGUGAUGAAUUUGAAAAGAAUGACCCUGAUCUUUACUUAAUGGAGUUGCUAAAUCUUGCUGAAAACAAUAAGGGGAAAGUUGUAGCAAUCGGAGAGUGUGGACUAGAUUUCGACCGACUGCAGUUCUGUCCCAAAGAUACUCAGCUCAAAUACUUUGAAAAACAGUUUAAACUGGCAGAACAAACAAAAUUACCAAUGUUUCUUCACUGUCGGAACUCACAUGCUGAAUUUUUGGACAUAAUGAAGAGAAACAGAGACCGGUGUGUCGGGGGAGUGGUACAUUCCUUUGAUGGUACGAAGGAAGCAGCCGCAGCCUUGGUUGACUUGGAUCUCUAUAUAGGAUUUAAUGGUUGCUCACUGAAAACCGAGGCUAAUUUGGAAGUUCUGAAGUCAAUACCUAGUGAAAAAUUAAUGAUUGAAACUGACGCACCUUGGUGUGGAGUGAAAAGUACACAUGCCGGAUCAAAAUACAUAAAAACUUCAUUUCCUACCAAAAAGAAGUGGGAAAAUGGGCACUGCUUAAAAGACAGGAAUGAACCCUGCCAUAUAAUGUCAUUUGUGAAAAGAAGAAAAGGACACAACCACCGGAAAGACACGUGCGUCUCUGCAUAAGAACCACCUGGUUCCUGGAGCAAAUGGGCCACGAACAAUCUCCCAAGGAGCUGGCAGCUCCGAAUGCGCCUUGCAAUAGAAAAGAACUGUCUUCGGAAGUUCAGAAACCGUUUUCAUAUAAGGUAAUAGGAAAUGGAAUUAACUCGGCCACUAUACGUAAUCUUGCUUUCAACACAUAGAAAAACAAAAGUAUUUUUCCUGAAACAAAACCUAAUCUCCUGAAACAAGUCAAAACAAAACCCAGAUAACUGCAGUUCUAUUUUAUGCCACUUAUAAGAAGAAAAUCAAACAGGGACUAUAAAGUAUUUUUCUCAACUGUUUGCAAAGGGGUAAAUUCAUCUUUACCUGUGAAUAUGAAUGCUAUAAUUUAUAAACCAGCCCUUUUUAUUCUAAUAGCUUUUCUCCUUGAGCUAUUGAAUGAUUUGAUUUUUAGAAGUAUUUUUAUAAUUUUUUUUUUGCUUCAUGCAAAUAUAUCAAAGGCAAAAAAGGGGAGGGGAUGAAGGACAAGGUAGUGAGACUAUAGUCUGAUGUAUCCUAGCAAGUAACAAUAAGAGAUCACUCUUUCUGGGGUGCCUGGGUGGCUCAGAUGGUUAAGUGUCUGCCUUCAGCUCAGGUCAUGGUCUCCAGGUCCUGGAACUGAGCCCCGUGUAGGGCUCCCAGGUCAGCAAGGAGUCGGCUUCUGUGCCUCCCCCUGCUCAUGCUCUGAGAUGAAUAAAUGAAUAAAAAUAAUAAUUUAAAAAAUGAAUUAAGAAAGAAGAUACCACUCUUCUCUUGGUUAACAUUAUACCCCAAGACAUAAUAAUGAUGAAACAUUUCAAGAAUAGUAUAAAAUUAUUUUAAUUCCUA